AUGGGGCGUGGAGGCGCGCUCGGGCCGCUGCUGUCGCCGCCGUGGCGCGUGAUGCUGCUGUCCGACGGCAGCGUGACGCGUCACCUGCAGCUGCUCACGGACGGGAAGGUGAGCGCGGAGGCGGAGACGCCGGUCCCCGUACGACCGUAUCACACUGGUUCCCAUACGACCGCGCGGCUCCUCCAGCGCGAGGUGGACCUGUGCCGCGGCGCGGACGGCGUCCCGCUCGUGUACGCGUCGUCGUGGUGGACGAUCGACGCGGCGAAGCGAUUCAACAUCCUUCAGGCGCGAAUCCAUCCGCCCGCCGACGGCGGGGCGUCCGAACGCGCGGUGUGGAUGAACCUGAGCGAUAAGCGGACGGAGCUCUUCCGCGAAGUUCGACGGAUGUACCUCGGCGACAGCGUCGCGUUAGAAAACGCGUGGGGGGUGAGAGGGCCGUUCUGGGCGAGACACUACAUCUUCUGGGCGGGUAACCGCCCUCUGUGCGUGAUAUACGAGGUGUUCUCCCCGACGCUGGAGGCGUAUUUAGGUGCGUUCUAUACAAAAGUUUUUCACCCAUCACUCGGUUUCAACACUUGA